GAUUGAUAGCAAAUUCCGAUGGCAUACGACUCGUCGACUCUAUCGCAAAACGGAGUGACCACUCAACUGAUGCCCUCAGCGAUGACAUCGUACCAAAGGUCGUACUCGACGCCGGUGUCGGCCGCGUACCCGACGGCCCUCCAGACGUCGCCGUGGAUGCACCCGCAGGCGGCCACUCAGUACAUCGUACAGCCGCACGCUAUGGCCCAAAUGAUACCACAGGGUCUCGACCCAAACACAUUGCACUUCAGCACUUUGAUGCCUCAGCUCACGGCACAGAUGUCUCAGAUACAGCUGUCCGGCGUAUCCGGCGCUUCGUACGUGACCGGCAAUCCGCACGCAUACGGUGGUCAAGCCCUAUACCCUCAGUUAAUACAGACCGUACCGCUCGGCGGCGGCGACGAUCCGUCAAACCCAACGCAUUCGGUCAGUAGUGGCAGCGCUUCGGGUGAAGACCAGCACUCGUUUCAAAUGUACAAUCAGUCUAAAUGACAGAUUAGGCCCGAAAUUAUGUUUUCAUACAAUUAGUUUAAUUUAAAUUUUGUUUGUUUUUUGUCGACAGAUUUGUUUAUUAUUAGUUUCCUUCGAGUCUUCACUCUAUCCCUCCCUCUCCUCUCACUCCAUGUUUUUCACUUUAAUUCAAAGUUAAUUUAUAAUUAUUAUUGAAAAGUUUUUUAAAUUAAUUGAUUUUAAUUUCGAUGCGAAACAAAAAAUUUCAUAAACACUCAACAAAAAUGAUAACAUAAGAGACACACACAUUGACUGAACACAUGAUAUACACAAUUGUAUAUCUAUAUACACAUUGAAGAGUGAAAAUUGGUGUAUAUUGUGUGCCGCAAACCCCCUCUCAUCAUGAAAUACGGAUUUAUUGAUUUGAUUUUUGAUUUUAUUUUUUUAAAUCUCAUUACCAUUAUGAAUUAUCAUUGAGACAAUUGACCAUGCCGAACAUUGCGAAUCAUCAAGGACUUAAUACCACAAAGCAUACAGUGCUAUACCCGGCUUCCAAGUGUGCGGUGUAUGUGUAUUGUGUUGGGGGUGUUGUGUGUGUCUAAUUGGGUGCCUACCAGUGCCUACACCAUAACGAGAGGACACAAAUCUCUCACUUUUUAUGUUUUUCAUUUUUCUCGCUCUAAAUCUCGGUCUCUGUAUCACUCAUUCACUCACUCUCUCCCCCGCGUGUGGACACACCGUACGGACUGACCGGACAGACAGUACAGGACAGGCCGGUGUGUCGGGAGAGUGUGUCCACCCAUACAUCACAUCAAUACCAACACAACAGACAACAAAUACAAGAAACAAAAACGACAAUUACAACCACAGCAACAGAUCAACAGAUAUUCCCAUCGAUUACACCAAACAUCACGACAACAAUAACAUCCGACACAACACUACAACAGAAACAACAAAUCAUUUAAUAAGAAAAUGAAAUAAAAAUG